AUGGAAGACUUUGGAAACAGAGAAAUGGCCACUACGCAAUCUGUCUUCACAUUUGCUCUCUGCAUUUUAAUGAUAACUGAAUUAAUACUGGCUACAGAGAGCUAUUAUGAUAUCUUAGGAAUUCCAAAAAAUGCAUCUGACCGCCAGAUCAAGAAGGCAUUUCACAAGCUGGCUAUGAAAUACCACCCAGACAAAAAUAAGAGUCCUGGUGCAGAAGCAAAAUUUAGAGAAAUUGCUGAAGCAUAUGAAACAUUAUCAGAUGAGAAUAAACGAAGAGAAUAUGAUCAGUUUGGCCGUCAUGGAGGACAAGGAAAUAACGGAAGCCCAUUCCAUCAAUCAUUUAAUUUCAACUUUGAUGAUCUGUUCAAAGACUUUGACCUCUUUAGUCAAAACUCACGGUCAAAAAAGCACUUUGAAAAUCACUUCCGAAGUCAUCGGGAAGCUCACAAUCGGCAAAGACGUUCUUUCCAAGAGUUCUCCUUUGGAGGUGGACUGUUUGAUGAUGUGUUUGAAAAUAUGGAAAAAAUGUUUUCGUUUAGUGACUUUGAAAAUGCACACCGACAUGCGGUGCGAACUGAUACCAGAUUUCAUGGAUCCAGCAAGCACUGUAGGACUGUCACUCAGAGACGAGGAAACAUGGUUACCACGUAUACAGACUGUUCUGGACAAUAAUGUUUCCUUUCUUUUCACCUCUUCUUGUCUUCUUUCAAUAUCUUCAUAAUCUUUCUUGGUUUUGUGCUAACAUGGAAAAAUUCUUUGAACUGUUUGUUCUAAUAACCACUCAACUGCUAUAAAGAAAUUGUAGAUGAAACUAAUCUUCAGAAUAGAAACAACAUGCAUUCGGGAAAUAAAUGUCUCGGUAACUACUUAGAACGGGAGAGAAAU